GGGAUUACUGGAGGCAGAUGCGCAGGGUGUGCAUCUUGGAGAUGCUCACCACCAGGAAGAUGGUGAAGUCGUUCAACGCCAUCCGAGCUCCAGAAGAUGGUCUCGUCUAUAGAGCAUCACGCGUCGUCGUCUUCGUCUUCUCAUCCUGUCAACCUGUUUGAGAAGGUGAUUUGGUUUAACAGCGCGAUGACUUGUAGGUCCGCGUUCGGGACGACAUUGAUCGACGGAGAUCAAGAGAAUUUCAUCGGGAUGAUGAGGGAGGUACUCACGUUCGCGGGUGGCUUCGAAUUGGUGGACAUGUUUCCCUCCAGGAAAUGGAUCCCUUACGUUGUCGGGACGAGAUCGACGCUGCUCAAAUUGCACCGCGAGUUAGACAAAUGCUACGAAAGCAUCAUCGAAAAACACGAGCGGAACGUGCUCAAAGAUGGAUGCAAGGGCAACAAUGAAGCUGGAGAGGAAGACAUUGUCGAUGUUUUGCUCAGAAUAAAGGAAGAUGAGGAAGGACGUCAGUAUCGUUUGACCCGGGACAACAUUAAAGCUAUCGUCAAUGACCUAUUCUCAGCAGGGACGGAAACCACAGCGACGGCGGCGACUUGGGCAAUGACUGAAAUGAUGAGGCAUCCAAAUGUUCUGGUGAAGGCACAGGAGGAAGUUAGAGAAAAGCUAGAGGGAAAGGCGACAUUCGAAGACGACGACAUGGAGGAGUUGGCAUACUUGAAGGUGGUGGUGAAAGAAACGCUGAGGCUGCACCCCCCGAUCCCGCUCUUGCUCCCGAGGGAAAGCACGGAAGAAAGGGAGAUUGGGGGGUUCGUGAUACCCGUGAAGACUCGAGUCAUCGUCAACGCGUGGGCAAUCGGGAGGGACCCGAACACGUGGAAGUACCCGGACUGUUUUUGGCCCGAGAGGUUUGCGUACCAUGAUGCGGACGUACACGGGAACCACUUUGAGUUGAUCCCUUUUGGCGCGGGGAGGAGAAUGUGCCCCGGGUUGGCGUUUGGGUUGGCUAAUGUGAUGCACUCAUUGGCCGUUUUACUGUACCACUUCGACUGGGAACUGCCACGUGGAGUCACCCCUCAAAACUUUGACAUGAGCGAGACCGCUGGAUUAAAGGCAACCCGGAAGAACGAUCUUUGCUUGAUUGCUAAGCUGCCAUACCCCAAACAAUAAUUAUCUAUUUAAUAAUCAUCUUAUUAAUUUGCUUCAAUUCCUUAAUUUCUUAUUCCUCCGUCCUUCAAAUAAUUUUCCCUUUCAUUUUUUUGUUAUUCCCAAAAGAUUUUCCCUUAUCGAAUAAAAAAUUACUUUUAUACAUCACAUUAAAGAAGGUAUUUUUGGAAAGUUAAUACAAAAAUAUUUCUUACUUAAUUUUCACAAAAGUUAAUAAGGUUAGUUGUUGUUA